GUAAGAGUUCGUAAUUUAAUUUAUGUUUUUAUCGACAACGAACCGCUUUGUGAAAUUUAAAUUAUUCAAAAUAAAUUCACCACCUGUUGCAUUUUGUUUACCCAUGCAAACUGGCAACACUGUACCGCAUAGUGACAUUUACGUUUAGUUUGACAUUUCUAAAUGGCGUUUUUACCAUUUCGAAAAAACACAAACAAAACAUCACAAACAAUUGCGCAAAUAUCGUUGCAUCUCUGCUGGACAGGACAUCAUGUUCUCGAAUAAUAGCGGCCAGAAGCGGCCCGAACCCGACAAAGCACAAGUCAUAGAGGAACCAGAACCGGAACACCUGCAGGUACUAUCCGCCAGUUUUGGCCAUACAGCUUUCCGCCCUAUGCAAUGGCGCAUUAUCCGUUCCAUCAUCGUUCAGCAGCGCGAUAAUUGUGCGAUUAUGGCUACUGGGUACGGAAAAUCGCUAAUAUAUCAGUUCCCGUCCGUGUUUCUCAAUCGCCUUACGUUCGUGGUGUCACCGCUGAUCAGCUUGAUGCAGGAUCAAGUGCUAUCCCUAAACCUGUGCAACAUUCCCGCCUGUCUGCUUGGUACGGCUCAGCGUCAGAAUCCGGUACCGGACAUUAAGGCCGGUCAGUUUCGUGUUGUGUAUCUCACACCCGAGUACAUAACAUCCGAUUCUGGAGAGACGCUGCUAAAAUCGGUCCAACCACAGCUCGCACUGAUUGCCAUCGACGAAGCACACUGUGUGAGCAAAUGGGGACACGAUUUUCGACCCGCGUAUCGUAAGCUUGGGUUGAUUCGACAGAUAUGCCCAAAGGUGCCAAUACUCGCCGUGACAGCAACGGCUACGCAGAAAGUUCGGGAUGAUAUCGCACAGUGCUUGAAGCUGGUUAAUCCGCAGAUGCUCUGCACCGGGUUCGAUCGACCGAAUCUGGAGUUUAUCGUGAAACCUAAAGGUAAUUUAGGACCAAUGCAUGACAUACGACCCCUGCUGGCAGAGAAUCGCGAAGGCAGCACCAUCAUCUACUGCUUGACGCGCAAGCAAACGGACGACAUUGUUACGCUGCUGCAAGAAAAACGCAUCGAGUGUGAAGCGUACCAUGGUGGCAUAUCGCUAACGCGACGCAAACAGGUGCUGGAAAGCUUCGUGAGCGAUCACGUGCGUAUUAUUGUGGCAACGAUUGCGUUCGGGAUGGGAAUUGAUAAACCGGACGUACGGCUCGUUAUACACUACGGCGCAUCGAAGGAUUUGGAAAGCUACUACCAGGAGGCUGGUCGUGCAGGACGCGAUGGCCAGCCGGCUCGGUGCAUUAUGUUUUGGAGUCAGGCCGAUUUCAAAACGCACGAACUUCUGCGCGCCGAAGUAUCAGGCACGUUAAAGCAGAACCAGGAGAAACUUGCACUCAAGAUGGCCGAAUACGUGGAACUCCGUGACUGUCGGCGCCGAUUCAUUCUAAACUAUUUCGAAGGCGUUCUGACGGCGGUAAACAAGGCGGAGGAAAAGGCCACGUUAGUGAAACGAUGUUGUGAUAACUGUACCCGUGGCGGCGUGGCAAAAGAUUGUGAACGUUACGAAGGUCUCAAUUCGGAAGGACAGUACAACUUUGCGACCGAAGCCGAAAUGAUAUUGAAAGCGUUCGCUGCGUUCUACGGUCGGGUGAACAUUACCAUGCCGAUCUUACUAUUGCGCGGCUCCAAGAAUAAGAAGCUUCACGAACGCUUUUAUAAACACCCACUGUUUGGGAAGGGCAAGGAUAAGGACGAGGACUGGUGGAAAGCGUUAGGAUCUCUGCUGGAACGCGAAGGCUACCUGAACAAGACUAAGGUGGCGAACCAGUACAACAAAUUUGCGCAGGCAGUUUAUCACGAAAUUACACCCACCGGUCAACGGUGGCUCAAUGGGAGCGAGAAAGAACGCACCCUGUUGAUGAAACCAACGUCCACAAUGUUCAAAUCGCUGAAGGUUAUAAAACCUGCUUCACUGUACGAGAAAACGCAACUCCCAGUGAUACGAACCGGCGCGAAACAGCACGAUCUUACCCACGAACUUGUCAAAUCAUUGCUCAAGAAACGUGCCGAACUGGCAACAACGUUCGAGUGUAUGCCGUACAUGAUCGCUUCGAAUGCUGCCCUCCAUCAGAUGGCCACUCGUAAACCGUUAAACCUGCAAGAGAUGAAGGACGCUCAGCUGGAUGGAUUUUCCGACGCGAAGCUACAAAAAUUUGGUCGAGAGUUUUUAAUCUGCAUACAGCAGCAGCUUAGUUUACUGCCCGGACCCUCAUCGUCCCAGCCGUCGAAUGUCUCAGACACCCGAUACGAGCAGCUUAUUGGAACGAAAGCGACCAGCUUUGCGAUGUGGAAGAAGGAAAACAAAUCGAUCGCCACUAUUGCUACCGAACGCAACCUCAAAGAAUCUACCAUCAUUGAACACUUGUGUGAGGCUAUUCGUGUAGGGGUUCCGAUUGAGCAGAAGGAUCUCGUCCGGUUGGGUGUGGCGCCGGAUGUAUAUGCAGCGAUAGCUUACCGUUUGCCAGCGAACUUGGAAGAGCCGUGUACGAUUACAUCCAUCAAGGAGAGAUGCCCACCGGAGUUUACAUUCAAUCAGGUAAAGGUUGUUCUUGCCUACGAAAAGCAAAAACGAUUCAACAUGAAACAACAGGGCGAGUCCUCUGUGAACGAUCGAGUUCAUACGAUCGAUGUUCCGAAAACGGUAGAAGAAACCCCCGAAAGCGUUUUACUAUCCGAUAUGCUUUCCGAUGACGAUGAAGAUCUAUUUAUGACGGAACAGGAUGCACCAAGCGUACCAAAAAGUACCACCGAACAAACUGCCAACAGUGCCAUGGAUGAUAUGUUCGACGAUGAGGAGGAAGAUAUGCUUGACUUUGCCGAAUUAGAUCGUCUCGAAGCAUCGUUUGCAGGCGAGGAAGAUGUUUCCAUUGCAUCAUCACCACCAACAAUCGUAACCCCACCACCGAACACAGUACAAACGGAACAAUCGCCGAAAAAGAUCGACUCGAUGGAAGAAAAACCACUUGCGGAGAAUGCACCGACGAAGCCGUUGAAACCUCCAGCCAAAGGGCGUACUGUAAAUUUGAAGCGUAUUCUCUACGAAGACGAUGAAGAAGAUGACAGUGAUAAAGAGGAUAAGGAUGUUAAUCAGCUCUUUACCUUCCGGUUACCGAAACGGAAGGCAUGAAGAUGCACAAAUUAUGUUUUUGACUUGUCUGGACUGCGCCAAAAAGAAAAGAAACAAAUGUACAAAUGCUCAGAUCACCCUUGGUGCGUGAUUAAUAAAUCAGAUUUGUUUAACCAUU